UUUGCGUCGCCGCGCUGUCGGUUGCAGCCCGUCGAGUCAGCUCCAUGAGGACCAGGCAUGUGAACUUGCUGACCGCGCUCGUAGCCGUCUUGCUCUUCAGUUUCUCCUGCUUCUGCAUCUCCAGGAUGACUUACAACAAUAAUCAAUAUGCGUUUCCAAGGCUGUCGGCUAUGUUUGGGUCUUCUUUUCAUCUCAAUUAAUGCAGAAUUUAUGGAUGAUAAUGUUGAGAUGGAAGACUUUGAUGAAAAUUCAGAAGAUAUUGAUGCUAAUGAAAAUGAAUUCUCCUCAGAGAUUAAAUAUAAGACACCUCAACCUAUAGGAGAAGUAUAUUUUACGGAAACUUUUGAUAGUGGAAGGUUGGCUGGGUGGGUCUUAUCAAAAGCAAAAAAAGAUGAUACAGAUGCGGAGAUUUCUAUAUAUGAUGGAAGAUGGGAAAUAGAAGAAUUGAAAGAAUAUCGAGUACCUGGUGACCGAGGACUGGUGUUGAAAUCUAGAGCAAAGCAUCAUGCAAUAUCUGCUGUAUUAGCAAAACCUUUCAUCUUUGCUGAUAAACCUCUGAUAGUACAAUAUGAAGUAAAUUUUCAAGAUGGUAUUGAUUGUGGAGGUGCAUACAUUAAACUCCUAGCAGACACUGAUGGUUUGAAUCUGGAAAACUUUUAUGAUAAAACAUCCUAUACCAUUAUGUUUGGACCAGAUAAAUGUGGAGAAGAUUAUAAACUUCAUUUUAUCUUCAGACAUAAACAUCCCCAAACUGGAGUUUUUGAAGAGAAGCAUGCCAAACCUCCAGAUGUAGACCUUAAAAAGUUCUUUACAGACAGGAAGACUCAUCUUUAUACCCUUGUGAUGAAUCCAGAUGACACAUUUGAAGUAUUAAUUGAUCAGAUAGUUGUUAACAAAGGAAACCUACUAGAGGAUGUGGUUCCUCCUAUCAAUCCUCCCAAGGAAAUUGAAGAUCCCAGUGAUAAAAAACCUGAUGAUUGGGAUGAAAGAGCAAAAAUCCCUGAUCCUUCUGCUGUCAAACCAGAAGACUGGGAUGAAAGUGAACCUGCCCAAAUAGAAGAUACAAGUGUUGUUAAACCUGAUGGCUGGCUUGAUAAUGAACCGAAAUUUAUUCCAGAUCCUAAUGCUGAAAAACCCAUUGACUGGAAUGAAGACAUGGAUGGAGAAUGGGAGGCACCUCAGAUUUCUAAUCCGGCAUGUCAGAUUGGGUGUGGCGAGUGGAGCCCUCCCAUGAUAGGUAACCCAAAAUACAAAGGAGUAUGGACACCUCCAAUGAUAGAUAACCCUAACUACCAGGGUAUCUGGAGUCCUCGAAAAAUUCCUAAUCCAGAUUAUUUUGAAGACAAUCACCCAUUUCUUCUGACUUCCUUCUGUGCUCUUGGUUUAGAGCUUUGGUCCAUGACCUCUGAUAUCUACUUUGAUAAUUUUAUUAUUUGUUCAGAAAAGGAAGUAGCAGAUCGCUGGGCUGCAGAUGGUUGGGGAGUGAAAAUAAUGAUAGAAAAUGAUAAUGAGCCUAGUAUAUUCAAACAGUUGACGGCAGCUGCUGAAGAGCGCCCAUGGCUUUGGUUCAUUUAUCUUGUGACAGCAGUGCUUCCAAUAGCAUUAAUUACUUCAUUUUGUUGGCCAAGAAAAGUAAAGAAAAGAUAUGAAGAUGCAGAGUUCAAAAAACUGGACAUAUGUAAACCACAAACAAAGGGAGCACUAGAGCAAGAAGUAAAGGGAGAGAAGGCAGCCCUGGAGAAACCAGUAGACUUGGAAGAGGAAAAACAGCAAAGUGAUGGUGAAAUUCUUGAAAAAGAAGAGGAAGGUGAACCUGAGGAAAAGAGUGAAGAAGAAAUUGAAAUCAUAGAAAGACAAGAAGAAGGUAAUAAAUCAAAUAAGUCUGGAUCAGAGGAUGAGAUGAGGGAAGCAGAUGAGGGCACAGGAUCUGGAGAUGGGCCAGUAAAGUCAGUACGCAAAAGAAGAGUACGAAAGGAGUAACCUGUAUUCAAGUAUUUUUAAUUCCUAAGAGAGAGAGUUGGCAUUCUCAAGUGAACUAGACUCAAUCUGCACAUCCUGUUUCUACUAUCUAGCAAUGAUAUUCUUUCAGACAUUUAUUUUAAUCUUAUUUUUCAGAGAAAAAAAAAACUUUGAAGUUAACCUGGUCUUUGAAUUUAGAAUAAAAGAAAAGUGGCACAUUACAUGUCAAAUUUUAAGAGAUUAAUAGCAUUAGAAGUUACACAGUUUUAAUAGUUUGGAGAAAGUUUUGGUUUCUACAGAGCAAAAUAAUAUGCAGCAACUUCACUGCUAUUGGAAGAAUCAGUUAUUGGAAUUUCCCCUUAAACGGCUAUACUACAGUAUAACUGGUAGUUCCACAGUAUACAUAAGAGUGAGUUCUGUUGUACAGAGCUAAAUGCAAUAAAGUUUCUGUAUGGUGGUUUGUUUCUAUCAACAAUUGAAAGUGUUGUAUGUGACCCACAUUUACCUCCUUUGUGUCAAAUUAUAGUUAUGGUCCAUUGUUCACGUAAAUUAUAGAGUCCUUUAAAGAGGUGCUUUGUUGACAGACAAAUCAACAAAACUGAAAUGUCCAUGUGUCAUUCAUAGAAUCACUGGUCAAUAGUGCAGCAUACUUAUAUUUGAAUACAGAGAUAAGAGGUUUAUCAAAACGAAAUGGUGUACAGAUUUUUUUGAAGCUGUUACAGUUGUUUUAUGCCAGAAUGGCUUACUCUGUUUACAAGAUUGCUUAUGCCUACAUUGCUCUUGAAAAUAACAUUUAAAUAUUUUUUCUUCUUUAAAUGAUACCAUCUUUAAUAGGUAAAUUAUUAUUGGGGAGUCUUUCUUUUAUCUGAUCAUUAAGAGAUUGUAAUGGCUAAUAGAUAUCAAUCAUCAUGCUUUGUAUUUUUAUCUUUUUUCUGACAAAGUCAAAUCUAUCUUCUGACAAAUUCAAAUCUAUUGUCUCAUCUAGCUUCAAAGCUGCCUCUAUGGUAGACUAUUGCUCCUCUUUUUACAACACAGUUGACCCUUUAACAACAGAGGUUUGAACUGCGUGGGUCCACUUAUACAGAGAUUUUGUUUUCAAUUAAUUCUAUAGAACUACACGGUAUGUUGAAUCCUCUGAUGCAGAAUCUGCAGAUAAGGAUGGUCAACUAUGGGACUUGAGCAUCUGUGGAUUUUGGUAUCUGCCACGCGUCCUGGAACCAAUCCCCCAUGGAUACCAAGGAACGACUGUAGGUACCAAAAGUCACAGAAGUACAUUAUAGUAGAGCUCUAUUAUUCCAUUUAACAUAUUUAAGAAUUUUUCAUGUUUGGGUGACAGACCCUUUGGAAGGUGAUCUAAAUCUUUGAGACCAUGGAGCUACUUUAAUACCAACUAUCUAGAGAACGCUAUACUAGUUGGGUAAUAUUUUGGAUUCCUUCAUGGACAUAUAAAGGAAUAUGGGUAAGCCCGCCUCCUGUACAUCCCCCUCCCCAGUAGUACAUUUAAAGCUUAUAUAUAAGGAAAAGGAGCCUCUAGCUUCUCCUCUGACAUUAAGGAAGCCAAACACAGCCAGUAUAGCCACUAUUCACUCCUUAUUUCAGGGAGUGAACUGAAAAUGAAAAUAAGUGCUUUAUUCCAUUGCUGUGUUCUGAACUUUCCAUAAAUUGGUGGUGGACAAUCUUAAUAUGUAGUUAACCAUACUUUGUAUUUAUUUAAUACUGACUAAACUUAACGCAUCUUGCAAGGACUCCCAUUCUUGCUUUGUAUUUGGAAUGUCCAAGUGAACUAGAUAUACUGAAUGAUUCUAGAUGAGAUUGUUUCUGAAAGUAAAUUACUACUUCAUGAGAUAAAUCCUUUCUUAACUUUAUGGAAAACUUCUUGCCGACAAGUGUCUUAUAUAUGAUCAUUUUUUCCUAAAGAUUAUUAAAGCUUUUUUUACUUUCUUGGUUGCAGAUUAAUUUUAACUUUCACAUUUGGUUCAACUCCAUGAGCUUGUAGUGGUAAAAUCUGAGCAACCAGUUUUUGCCAGUUCACUGCUCCUUCCUGUGGAUGUACCAUGCCUGAUAGUUUUAAAUUUGUGUAUUAGAUCCAUGCAGUAGACAAAGCAUAGAGUCUUCUUUAAUAACGAAAUGGCUUUUUCCUUUUACCACCGUAAUGUGACUUUACUGUUUAAAACGAUUUAAGUUUUAUCCUUUCCUCUAAUAAAGGAGAAAAAUAAAUGUAUUUUGCCCUUUAUUUCAGUUGGCCUUUUUAGAGGCUUUUUAACUUGACCAGGCUAAAGUAACUUCCUUUUCCUUGAACAUUUUUUUAAGGUAACCUUGCUUCCAUUGGUCAUUCCUCUAGGAAGAUACAUACUACUAGAACUAGGAGCCUUUUUAAAGUGUCAGUCUACAUUUGCAAAACACAGAGGAUAAACCUGCUUACGUGUUAAAAUUAACCACUAGCAAUGAAUAUAAUGUACCUUGGAAAUUUAGAAUACUAAUUUAGAAAACUAAUAGUUUUCAGUGAAAACUAUUUAGAAUAGUUAAAACAUAAAUAUAUUACACUCUAGGUACCUAUGAAGCUUUUUUGUUCUCUUUUCAAUUGUGGUUCUGUUUUUAACUUCAGCAGGAUUUAAAGAUGAAAUAUCAUAUGGUUAAUAUUGGAAUAACUACUUAAAUCUCAUGUAAAGGAUUUAUUUAAACAUAAUAGUAGCAUUUUCUACAUAAAUUCUAAUAAUCUCUUUCCAAAUUAUAGCUCCCAUUUCCAUAGUAUGACAGCUGUGAGGAGUUAAGGAAAUAAAAUUAUCCCUAAUCCGACAGGUCAGAUGAAGCAGGUUGAUGGGAGAGAAAAUGUAUUUUUGAAUGCAUUUGAAGUUUGUAGAGAUCCAAAUACAUGGAAAAGCAAUGGUAAUUUUAGAGAAAAUGGGCAACAGGAUAAUUUUUUUAAAAUGAUCUUUUAACACCUAACAUAGUAUCUUACCACAUAUUUUGUGUUUCUUAAAUGAAUAGAGUUUUACGUCUUUUGUAAAAUUUUGGAGUAAUUUCAAGUUUUAAUUACUUAGACUAAACAUUUGAUAAGCCAUCUAUAGAUAAUAAUAGAAAAUUUAAAACAAGGCAAAUACAUUAUACAAUUGAUUACAAUGCAUUACUUUAGCUUCUGUCAUCACUACUCAAUACCCCUUCCAUUAUAUGGUAAAUUAGGUCCUCAAGCCAACAUAAAGUCCAUGUUAUAGUAAAUAUCUUCAAAUACCAUUAAUCUCUAUGAUUUAAGUGAAAUAGACUGUAGCUUGCUUUUAGGAUGGAGUACCUAGAGGCAAUUAAGUCAUUCUUCCAAUUAUUAACCUUUCAUUUAGUCACAUUCUCUGUUUUUUCACGAUGUACAAGUGGUCUCACCAACUAAGUAAUACCUGGUCUUUGCUGGCAAUUUUGAUUAUAUCAGCAUUGAAGAAAUAUCUGAUGACAACCACUAGAGGGUGUUAACUCAAGAUAGGGAAAAACAAAAUUAUUGGGGAAAGUAAAGAAAGACUGCAUUCUAAAGAAUUAAGAUCAGUUUUGCUUUGUUUCGGACCAUAAAAGUAACGCUAGAAUAUAUAAUUCACCUUUCACUUCUCGUUUGGAGAAAGGACUUGAUCAGGAAUAUAAAUAUGACAUCAUAAACUGGUUGGAACUGCAUGCUUGGAUGAUUUUGGUUAUUUCUCCACAAAUUGUUUUAUUGUUACACGUACAAUUCCAAAUUCCAAAAAUCUCUGUAAAUCUGAAGUUUUUCAUGUUUGACAUCAAAACUCAUUUGGCAGCCAAACCUGACCUCCCUGACAGGCUAUCUGUAGUCUUUACUUACGUAACUUAGUAUUAAAUUCAUAUAUUUCGCUACAAAAAUAUUAAUGUAUUUGAUUCCAGGUACUGCCCCAAGCUGUACUGGUGUAUGAGUCAUAAUACUUUAUGAAAUGAAAAAUUCCAAAUUCUGAAAUAUCUGGUCCCAAGAGUUCCAGAUAAGGGAUUGUGAGCUGUAUUAACUUGCUAUAAGUAAAGUCCAAAGUGAAUAUAAAGAGGACAAAUUUUGGAUGGAAUACUAGUGUUAGUAUUGAGGGAAGUUCUACUGGGAGACCCUGAGGAAAAGCGGGGUCAUCAUUCCAUCCUGCCAGUCAUCAUUCCACCAGCAUUUAGAGCUAGGAAGUAUCACUAUUAAAAAUGUCUUCUGACACUGGUUAAAACAAUAAGGAAGACUUUGUUUAGGACUAUCGCAAUAGGGCCAAGACGAUCACCAUAGGGGAGAGAGAAUGGGCUUAACUCCAGAUACAGUGAAGACAGCUGGGGAUUUAUAGUCGUUGAGCAGAGUGGGUCGGGGGAGGGUUGGUGGAUGGAAAAUUCCUAAGAGGAGACAUCGAGGGUAGAAGGGUGCUUGCCAUGUCGAUUUAACAGGAUUCUUGCUGAAGGCAGGCAGGGUGAUCAGAUUCACUUAGCAGGAUUUUUACUAAAACUGGACUAGGCUGAAGACAGGGCCUAAGAUGAGGCCUAGACAAAGAGGGCUCAGAAGAACCUGGUUAAAGUUUGGUCAAGGAGAGAGUCUUGAUCAGAAGCUAGGCACAGUCCCUGUGCACAUUGUUUACCACCUGUAUUUCUUUUUUUUUUUUUUUACCACCUGUAUUUCUAAUAUGGAAAUGACAUCCUGAAGAUAUUGCCAUAAUGAAAACAGAAUAUAUAGCACUGGUUUACCAUUCAUAUGACGAGCAGGUGGGGCAUGUAUUUCAGGUAACAUUUUGUCACUUGAGUUAACAGCUGUAGGACAGCAGUUGGAUAAGCCAAAAUGUGAAAUGAAUUGGCUGUUCCUUGAUGCUUUUAGCAAGGUAUCGCAGGAAGGAACUUACCAGUGUCCAAGCAGAGAUGGAAGGGAAUAGAGAAGGAUCACACAUAUUAGGUACCUCACAAGAUUAGAAAAACUAAUUGCUUCUGUACCCUGAAUAGCAGAAAAGGUUCAAAAUGGUUUUAUUUUUGAGGUGUGGGAGGUAGAAGGGGAAGGCCAGUUAAGACUUCUCUUCCAAGUGUUAAGGCAAUCAAAGGGACCCAGCCCUGCAGUGACACCUGGGUGUUGCAGUCCCAGUGCAGUCUUAUUUUCAGUUGGUUUCAAAGUAGCCUCCAUUAAAGAGAGGCAGGGUCUUGUGAGGAAGGAAAGCAAGCAAACUUUUGAGAAUUUGGUCUAGAAAAGAGCUUGAUUGUGAUUCCUAGCCUAUAGAACUGAAGCAUAUCGACAACAAGGUUGUUUUUGAGGGAACUGUACAGCCCAAGAAACGUGAGCUUGGCCUACAAACGAUGGGCAGCAGACUCACACCAGCGUGAAUUGGACUGCUUUCACAACUCCCGUGAGGGGAAUGGACAAGGAAUAACUUUCCAGUUGGGGGAAGCCAUGGAGAGCAAUGGGUAAGGGAAGUCCCUUGCCAGAGAUUACAGUCAGGGUCUAAUCAAGGAACUUCAUCCACUAUCAGAGACAGGAUCUUCAUAGGGUCUCUCUCUCAGAAGUAUUCCACAACUGCUUUGAUGUGUUUCCCUUUAUUCCGUUGUCCAAAUUUCGAGUUUUUAUUUAGGUAUCCUAUCCCCACUACACCAUUAUAAAUGGGCAGAGCAAGUAAUCUGUCAUCAGUUUAGAGGCGGUCAGACUAUUAGGAGUCACAUCUACAACUGACAGACCUUGACAGAGAUCCUAGAUUUUGAGCCGAGUCAGUAACUGGAUGAGGAGAGGUUGAGUACAUUGUGUGUAUGGGAAGAAGGCUGGGCACAGAUACUUAAUAGCGAGAGAAGAGGGCUGUGGCUGAAGCUGCUGCCACUCAUCCUCUGUCGGCUUCCAUAAUAAAGUCGUAGCUGGAAUAUGGCUUCCAGCCAGCAACUACAUUUCUCAGCCACUCUGGCAUCUAAAUCCCCAUGCCCUUGGGAAUGUGAGAAGACAUGAGCCAUUUCCAGGCAGGCCCAACCCAAAAACCGUGCAUGUGUACCCCAUGCAUUUUUCUGCAAAUCAGAAUGGUGAUAACUAGUGUGACUUGGAAGCCACGGUUGAAAAUGGCAGAGAAAUCCUCAGCUCACAAAGCCUGUUUGUUAGUUUACAAUGCUCACCUCAGAACCAUUAGUUGGAAGAGAAACUUGUUUUUUUUACCACUGCAUCUCGUUACAAGAGCUUAGCCUAACCUAAAAAAUACAACCACCUUUCCCCUGGCAAUCUUGGAUCCUUUUCUUUGAAUUCUUUGCUUUUAUUUUUUAAAUUAAGGUAUAAUAUCCUAUAUUUGUUUUAAUAAGAAUAGUAUCCCCAGACUUCCCUGGUGGCGCACUGGUUGAGAAUCCACCUGCCAAUGCAGGGGACAUGGGUUCGAGCCCUGGUCCUGGAAGAUCCCACAUGCCGCGGAGAAACUAAGCCCAUGCGCCACAGCUACAGAGCCUGCGCUCUAGAGCCUGCGAGCCACCACUACUGAAGCCUGCGUGCCUAGAGCCCGUGCUCCGCGACAAGAGAAGCCACCGCAAUAAGCCCGCGCACCGCAAUGAAGAGUAGCCCCCACUCGCCGCUACUAGAGAAGGCCCACAUGCAGCAACGAAGACCCAAUGCAGCCAAAAAUAAUACAAAUUAGUUAAAAAAAAUAGUAUUCCCUUAAACAUCCAGUAACUGGUACUUAAAUAAGAUAUGCUACUUAUCCUGUGGCUUUGAACAACCCCGAUACACCACUGCACCGCUGUAUAUAUCCCAGUUACUUACGCAGCAAUAUCAAAACACAUGCAAUUUUUGAAACAGCUUUUUAUUAAACAGCAAAGCAUAAUGGCAACACAGUUUUAAAUGUUUAAAAAUUAGGUCACAAAGGGAUGCAAAAUGUUUGCAGUAUGACUAUUAUAUAUUCAUACAGCUAAAGUCAUCAAAUCUUAACACCAAUACAAACAUUAAGAUUAUUCCAUGAUUAGCCUAAAUUUAAUAACCAUAAACUAUAUUAGUGGAUCUCUUUUCCUAUUUAAUAUUUUAACAUUACUUCUGAUACUGAUUUCUUUACCAAAUAGAAUGUACAAACUAAAUUUUAAAGUGUUAAAUGACUAAAACUCUGCAAACCAGUAGUUGGGUUUACAGAAAAUUCUGGGAGAAGUAGUGAGAUAAAAUACUGAGAAAGCAUCAAUUAGUAUACAUGUAAAACUCUCCCAUUUUAUUCAUGAUUCUGAUACUAAUACAGUUUUUAAGGGACUUUGCAAAGUUGAUCAUCUGGGUACUGCAAUAAACCUGAGACCAAAUUUUAUUCUCUUCUAGGUAUGGUUUAUAUAAGGUUAGCCAAACUUAACCCAUUUUCUUAUAUAUU